AUAAAAAGAGGAGCGCGGGGGAAAAGUAGGGAGAAGCUCCGCACUCGUCCCCUCUUUUCCCCCUCCAGCCCCGCGCCCGCAACUUCCCCGGCAGCCCGCGGGCACCUGCCGCCGGCACAGCACCGCACGGCACCGCACAGCACCGCACACCCGCCGCCGAGCGAGGCUGCCCUCCGCGGAGCCCCGGCCUCUGUGCAUGCGAGGUGUGAAGCUGGGCGGCACCCCCAAGCCAUCGCCAUGGAUUUUGUCAUGAAACAAGCCUUAGGAGGGGCUACCAAAGACAUGGGGAAGAUGCUGGGUGGGGAUGAGGAGAAAGACCCCGAUGCUGCCAAGAAAGAAGAGGAACGACAGGAAGCCCUCAGACAAGAAGAAGAGGAGAGGAAAGCCAAAUAUGCCAAGAUGGAGGCUGAAAGAGAAGUUAUGAGACAAGGGAUUCGAGACAAGUAUGGGAUAAAGAAGAAGGAGGAAAAGGAAGCAGAGGCCCAGGCUGCACUGGAAGCUAAUGCUGAAGGGAGUCUGACACGUCCAAAGAAGGCGAUCCCUCCUGGCUGUGGGGAUGAGGAGGAGGAGGAAGAAGAGAGCAUUCUAGACACAGUCAUCAAAUACCUACCAGGGCCCCUGCAGGACAUGUUCAAGAAGUAAUACCUGCAGACUGUUAGAUGGGCACUAACAGUACUGCAAAGGAUUUCUCUUUUGCCCAAUGGGGAUUUACAAUCUUGCCAUCCAUCACGCAGCCCUGCCCACCUCUACCCUCUACUGCUCACUAGGAGUUCCUUCGCUUCCCAUUCCCCUCUGCCUAUUCCCUUUCCCUCUACCCCAAGACUCAUCCAUUCCUUUUUUGUACAUAGUCAUAUCCAGUAGAUGCCUCUGAAUGGAUGUAAAGAUUAAAAAGCUGCAGACUACACAACUUUUAUUAUAAGCCAUAGUAAUAUGUAUGUUAAAUAAGGCAACUGUACAUUAAGCAUAGAAAAGGAACAACUUCACAUGCAUUUUGACCCAAAGCAGGAAGAAGUGUUCACUAAGUGUGAACAGUGGCCUCUUUAGUUUUCUUUAAUUAUUUUUAUUAUUAUUAUUGAUAAUAAUUAUUAGUUGUUUUUAUUAAUGUUCUUGUUGAUUGGGUCACACUAGCCAUUUGUUGUUGACCACAUCUACCCUUGGAAAUAAUGUCUCAGUUCUCCCAUGGAAUCAGAGCUUUUCAGUUUUAAUUCCAUCACUGGCAUAAAUAAGAGAUUAUUUGGAAGGUAAAUCAUGCAUGGCUUACACAGCUGACAUCACUCAGAACUGUGGAAGAAGUGAGUCAUUUGCCUUCAGAUGCUGGCAGAAGUUAAAUGCCUCAGAAUCUAAGCAAGAGUCGUGCCACUUUGGGAAUUAGCCAUACACUUAACUUGAACGAGUAGAUUUGGUCUGACAGGGGCCAUACAGAGAGCUGGAACCACAGUGGGGUGUGUGGUGCUCUGUUAGAGGACCUCCCCACCCCUUUGAAAUCAAUGUCGAAGAAUUUUGGUCACUUCAAUUAACUAAACUUCCUCUUUCUGCCCAGUGCUGUAUGCUGCAAUCUCAUUCCCAGCAGUGCUUUUGGGACAGACAUUUGGUCUUCGGCGUAUUGUUACUGCUGUGUCCUGCCCACCCUCCUCUGCAGUUGUGGGAGAGAGUGGUGGCCUGAAUGUUAGAUAUGGCCCUGAAGAUCCAGAAAUCUUAAGUUUGCCUCCUUUGUCUCAUGCUAAGUUACUCUGCUGCCUUGAGAAGGUCACUUAUUUUUCUGCCCUAUUUUCUCCAGCUGUAAAAUGUAGGUUUCAGUCAAUACCUACUGUAAAGGGAUAUAGUAAGGAUGAAUUGCACAAUGCUCCUCUAGUGCUGUGCAGGAGCUAAUUAGUAUUAUAACAGUGUGGGGCAUCCAUUGAUUCUAGUAAGGUGGGAAAAAAUAUCUCUCUAUUAUCUUGAAAGCCUUUCCUAGACACAGAUAUUUUCCAGUACAGCACUACAAACAUUGAGUAACUGUAAAAGAAAAGCCAAAUUCUACUGGAGAAGUUGACUUGCUAGUACACACACAGAGUUGCAUAUACACAGACUUAUUUUGAACACAGUCGCUUACUAAAUUAUCUGGCCUGUUAUCUGAAGAGCUGAUCCUAUGUUUUUGCAUUUGGCCACAUCUCUGCAUAGCUGCUGCAAGAGCAUCACAGCAUCCCAGUCUCACAAUCUUGUAGGAGAAUCGUUGUUUGCCUGGCAAAAUUAGCAUUGUUUGUCUCUGUCACGGGAGCAACAUAUCUUUCCUAAGUACCUGAAACAGAUUUGGAAGCAAAUAUAUGCUUUCUACUGACAACAAAAAGGAAUGCAAUCUGAAAUACCUCAUUAUGUACCUAAAAUAAAGCAUUUUACUCCAAUGGAACUUCUUUACUUCACUUGUUCAGCAGAACUGAGUUUAGGCAAAGAUUCCAGUAGUUCCCUGAAUAAAUUUUAAAAGUUAUUUAUCAUCCUUUCAAGUUAGCAGAAGCAUCACAGUUAAGGCUUGUUACCUUAACUAUGUAAACUAAUAUGAACUAAUGUGAACUCUGUCUUUUAGCACAUCUCUAAGUAAGGAGAAGCUAUUAUGAAACAAAAGAAAUAUAUUUUGUCCUCCUCACCCAUUUAUUAUUUGGGUGUACCAGCAGUCCUUGCUGCUUUCCAACUUGCUUCAGUCCUAGGCUUCUACCAAAUCCAAGGUGGAGGCUGAGGACAUUUGAUCUGCAAGUCAGAACCAGCUGAUAAAGAAGCAACCUAUUUCAAGUUGGAUCUACAAACAAGACACAUUCAGUCUUGUGCAAGCUGCAAUGGGUUUUGCAGGGGAGAGAGAAGGCAGGUUUUACUCUUUCAGAUAAUGUCAGUGUGUUUUUUGCCCUAACUUUCAUUUAAAGCAAGAUGAGUGUCUCCCGCUAAGACUUUAAUGACCCAGAACACUCUUUAUCUCUUUAUCAAUGCUUGGGUAUAGCACAGUAGUGCUGAGCAAUUUAUCAUUUUCUAGGGAGAGUGUCCUGCUCACCCCAUGCAAAUUCAGCAACUACUAAUUUAAGCCUGUUUAAGUAGACCUCAAAGAACUGAAAAUUCUCCUGUCACAAAGGCAGCAGCUAUUUUUGGUGCUCUGAGAGGGAACUAAAUCCAACACCCCCGAAAACUAAUAGGCAGACAGCCAGGCUCUUUGCUUCAGCCACUCAUUGGCAGUGAAAUCUACUGACAUGCCAACAUCAAAACUUCCGAAACACUCUGACAAAUGUCAGUGGGCUAUGUUCUCUAAUGCAUAAGUAGAAGCAGCAUACAUGUGCCCUUGCUGAAAGGAAUAUAUCUGUUCGUAUUCUCCCCUGGCCUUGUUCUGGAGGAGUCUACAAACAAUCAAUCAAACAAACAAACAAGAAGAUGAGCUCAUUCUGCUUUGCUUUGGACUUAUUUCUAAGACUUGCUUGUUGACCUUUCCCUAGCCCCCAUCAUGGACUCACUUUUCAUCCAUCCAAAUACUGUCUCUGGGGUAGAAGCAGGGUUUGCUGCCUGGUGUCCUCUUUAUUGGAGGGUACUGCCAGUUGUUUAGUUGACUGUUGUUUUUCACAGUCUCGCUGACACCUUGAUGGGCAGCUGUGCACAUGUGUGUGGAAGAUGAAGAAAAGGGAGGAGGGAGGGUCAGGAAAGAAGAAAAGGGAGGAGAGAGAAAGGAGGAGUAUUUGGUAUUAUUUUUUUCUAACUGCGCCUCAACAGCUGCGUCAUCGACUGACUGGUCUAAGUCAGGAUCUUGCAUGGCCUGUGUUCAAAUAUCACAGGCAAGUGGUGGUGUUCCUGCACUUACAGUAUUAAAAAUAAGGUAUUUUAUUCUGUGAGUUGUGCUCCUGAGCUGUGCGAACAUCCAGACCCAAACUCUG